AUGUAUUUCGAAAAGAAUGCAGAUGAACCAGUUUCAUUACCUCAUAUCCAAGCUUCUACUCUAAAAUCGGUGAAAUCUACCGACGAUGAUGACAAUGAUGACAAUGAUGACACUAACAAAGAUACUCAUGAGUCACAACGACUGAAUACCAUUAGUAAAUGGGAUCGUAAAUUCGUCCAACAAUUUACAGUUCAUGAUGGUGCACUCUUUGAUAUUAUCGCAGCAGCUAAUUAUUUGGGUAUCAAACGUUUGUUGAGAACUGUUUGUAAAACAGUUAUAUAUAUGAUAAGAAGUAAAUCAUCAGAGGAAAUACGAGAAAUAUUUAAAGUUUCUGAUUCAUUCAACGAAAUUGCGAAUGAGUCAACAACAAAUGAUAAUGUUGUUACGACACAAGCUAAUUCCAAGAACCAGUAAACAGGCAUUUGUUAUUAAAUAGGAAGAAACAUGAUGUUUAUUCAUUGUUUGUAUGAUUUUUAUUCAAGCCUAAUUAUAAUUCUGAUUUCGAUUGUAACUUUCUUGUUUACGAUAUAUACAAAAUCUAGCGACGCUUUGUUUCGAAAAUAUUGUUUAAUAUUCAGUGAAAAUAAAAAGCGAAUUUACGUAUAAUUGUCAACCUCUAUUGUUUUACACAAAAAUGGAGAGAGAGUUCAUCUAGAAAACAUGCAUGAUAUUGGUUUAAACAGUCCUUACAGACUCAUUCGAAGUUCGGUACUAGUUGAUGUUUUGAUAGCCGUGUCCGAUAAUUCAGAUUGGGCUGCAGAAGUCUUAUAUUAAUCAAAAAAGUUGUAUUCUCAAUUACUCGAGAAUAUGUUCCUGUUCAUCUUUGAUUCGAAAAGUCUUGUUUCACAUUAUCUAUCAAACAAAACAAGUCAUCAAAUUUGAAGCAAUAUUUAUCUCGGACACAGUAUUUAUUUGAACAUCACUCAACAACUGAAAAUUAUGUUUUCUAUAUUUGAAUUAUAUUUUGACCAAAAAAGCGAUCGAAUACAAAAACCAUUGUCACAUAUACACUUUCCUAAAACUAUCGCAUUGUCGUGAUCGAACAUUAUCAUUUGAAGGUAUAUCAAAAGUCAUGCGUGAGACCAAAAUUUUGCACUAAUCCUGUUUUUUCUUGAAAAGUAGCCCAAGAUCUCUCCUGCAAUCUUUGUUUGCAAAGUGUUUUUUGGAAUAGUUUACAAUACAAAGAUGUAUCUCAAAGUAACUUACCGAGAGAAAUGUUUUCCUUCUUAUCCAGUUUUGUAUUCACAUGUUGUUUUAUUUUUAAGAAACUGUUCAUGGAACAUAUAUGCAACCUUUGAAACUUUCUGAAUGUUUUAAUAUUAGUGAUAUUUAUAAUUAGCAAAGACAACUCAAUGAUUUGAAGAAAACUAUUGUGCAUAUGUCAAUAUUACGUUCUUUACCACGAAAGUAUAAAAAUCGACCAAGAAUUUGUUUUCAAGAAAUUGCUUCAGCUUCAGUGACGUCUGUAUUUUAAAAGCUGUAAUAACUAAUGUGUACGGUAUUGACUUUUUUAAUGACAUUUCUGUGUCGAUAAGCACACCCAUGUUAAAUGAUAUCAUGCUUAUCAAUCAGGUUUUUGUAUAUUGAGGAUAUUCUUCAUAACUCGAAGGAGGAAAAGAAUGAGAAUCAGUUAAUGUGAAGUUGUGUGUGUGAGGUAACCAGAGUGUUGAAAUAAAGAUCAAGCACAACAAGUAAUGGAAAUAGGCAAGAGUAAUUAACAAGUGAUCUAGUAACAACUACCUUCCUCAAUAUCAUCCACUCUCUGUCUCUCCAAUUUCCGUUACAAUAUCAGCAAUCGAAAACUUUUCUUUGUUGAUUUUUAUAACAGACAUGACUUAUCAAUACUGACAAUCAUUUCUCAGCAGGGAUUUAUUUACUUAUAGAACCAAGAAAAAGACUGACUGACAAAAGAGAUUUCUUAAAUCGUCAGAGAAUUGAUUGUUUAUACGCUAAAAUAUCACGACAAACUUAUACACAUAGGGUAACACUAAACAGCAUUUGCAUAUUUGCAGUGAUUACAAUAUCUAGUCAAACGUGAAAGCUUCAACAGUGCUUGCAACCACGCAAUUAAUGCACAGGCGAGUCCGUGGAGCGAAAAACAAAACGUGAAAAGAUAGACGUUCUACUCUUUCUGACCUACUGAUCUAGUGAUCUAUUCUUUUAUACACUUUUACUUCCUUUGAAUCAUGGAAAACCUUGCUCAUUUAUUCCAACGAUGCGGGUCAGUUUAGAAACUCAACAAUCGAAUUAAUAAAAUAGCAUCUCCAUUUUUACUCCCUGUUGGAGUGUUUAAAAAGAAAAAAUCUUUCAUUUCACCAACAACUCGGAAGAAUAAGUAGUGGUUUUCAAAACAAAAUCAAGCAAUACAAUCUGCAUCGCACGAGCACAACUUAAAACGUUGAUCGAACGUUGUGAACCAAAAGAAAUUAACCUGGCUGAGUUUCUUCAUGGACUUUCUAUGCUCAUGGCUAAAAAUGUGAAGUAUGUGGUUUGAAUGUCUCAUUGUUAUGUCCGACUUCUCUAUUUUUUCUUUCUCCUAUUGCUUGACGUCAAUAUGUGUUACAGUUAAAAAAUAAAGAUUUCGCUGCUGCGCUCAAGGGUGGGUGUGGGUGUAAUUAUAUAUUAAGAGAAGAUAUACACACCUACACCCACACCCACACCCUUAGUAAAAAUCGGUUUUCUCCUUAGUCUUAAAAGAUAAAUUAGUGAUUUUUCCACAGGUAGAUAGAACUAAUAAUUAUCUAUAAUCGAUGCGAAUCUUACUGUAAAACUUAUUAAGUAACCGAAACAAUAAUUAAAAUAGGAAGUUGAAAAAAUACUAAAAUUUUAUGCAAUUAAAGUGGAGUAAUUGCAAAUACCUAUGUAAAAUGGCAACAUAAUUCUGCAUGAGUGUUCAUCACUCGUCUGAUAAACAAAAGUUGUAGAAAGCAACUGAUGAUAAAUAACUAUUGGAGUCAUUCUUAAUAGUCUCACUUUCCGAUUUUGAUAUAGAUUCAAUACAAAUGGAGAGAAGGACAAUAAAAAAUUCAACUCCUAUUUACUAAUUGUUGAGAGGCAUUCAAAUGGCACAUACAAAGUUGACUUUAAAUUUUCUAUAAUGUAGAUUAAGUAAUGCGGUAAGAUACAGUAUUUUAUAUUAAACCUUGUUCAGAUUUUUGGCUUUCUUAUUUGUUCUAGUUGAAUGUCAAAAAGUUACAAACUUUAGACUGUUGAGGUCGCAAAACAGAAAGAAACAAUGUAACCAUUUCUAUUUUAUACUUUGUUUUGAUUGACAAUAUCUCAAUUUAUUUCCAAUCGAUAUUACUUUUUGGACCAUGAAAAGGUAGCAUUCAUUCUUCUGAGGAAAUUUUUCUAUGUGUAUAACAUGUGCUUGCUCAGUGUAUAUUAUUUCCUACUGUCAAAUAUAAUAAUAUAAAAAAUUAACGACAGUGUGAAUCAUCAAACAAUUAAAUAGCAAAAACAGAAGUCGAUGACCUUUGCAUCAGCAGAGAUAAUGAAAGUAGCAAUCGAAAAAUGACGAGUGAAUCAAACAUUCUGAUGCUAUAUUUGAUGUCACUGAUAGUGCACAUCUUCACGGCAAGUAUUUGUAUAACGCCUUCACGUACGAUAAGUAUAAAAAAAGAAAAAAACAGAAUACAGAAGAAACAUGAUUGACUAACCUUUCUAAGAAUAUUUUUACUAAUAUAACACGUGUACAUAAGCAAAAAUGUAAAAACAAGAAUAUCUUAAUAAAUAAACAUGCGAAGACUAAUAGUAACGACCAAGAUACAUACUUAUUUAUCAAUAAUUAAAGAAAAUGAAAACAAAGUUUGAUAGGAUGAAAUUUCAUUUUUGAUUGAAAACAUGAACAUUUUUAUAGAAUAUUAUGCUUCUACACAGUUGGAAAAAAUAUUAUUCCAGGGGGUAAGGCUAUAAUUUCACAUAAAGACAUAAUGAAUUUUAUAUCAAAUGAAAGCUCGUCAAAAAUGAAGUUUAUUGGUAUUAAAUAGUGAGGGUUAUGAACAGUGGCGUAGCCAGCAGGGGGCCAGGAGGGGCUGAGCCCCCCCU